AAAUCAUAUUCUAUAUAGAGUCGUCUUCAUUGGUUUGACGUGUGCAAUGAUGUCUGUCUGUUAGGCUAUCUGGUUUUAAGAUUGCCCUUAUAAAACAGAAACCCAAUUUUUUUCCAUCUUGAAUCUGUUUUUGAGACCUAUUGUUUGAAUAUUUCCAGUUGAAGGGCUUGGAUACUUGGAUUUCAAAGAGGAAGAAAGAGUUUAUCGAGCUGUUUGUUCAGCUCAAAGAGCAAGUAUGGCGGAAGAUUAUAGUGUGCCGUUGUUGAAGAAGAAGUAUUACAAGGACUGCCCUGGAUGUAAGGUUGAUCAAAUGAAGGAAUCGCAGCAAGGCGUCCCAUUUCGGGAACUAUUUUCCGUAUGGAUCGUUGUGUUGUGCACUUCUCUGCCCAUAUCAUCUCUCUUCCCAUUCUUAUACUUCAUGAUUAGGGACUUUCACAUUGCAAAAAGAGAGGAAGAUAUUGGCUCAUAUGCUGGUUAUGUGGGCUCUGCAUUCAUGCUAGGAAGAGCUUUAACAUCUGUACUAUGGGGAAUAUUUGCGGAUCGUUAUGGUCGAAAGCCUGUUAUAAUCAUGGGAACUAUUUCAGUGGUUAUUUUCAACGCUCUAUUUGGCCUUAGUGUAAACUUUGUGAUGGCUGUAAUUACAAGAUUUCUUUUAGGAAGUAUGAAUGGCUUACUUGGACCAAUAAAGGCAUAUGCAGUCGAAAUUUUUCGAACAGAAUACCAAGCCUUAGCCCUGUCAAGUGUUAGCACAGCUUGGGGUAUAGGAUUGAUCAUUGGCCCUGCUCUGGGAGGCUAUCUAGCUCAGCCAGCUGAGAAGUAUCCGAAUAUCUUUUCCAAAGGAUCACUGUUUGGAAGGUUUCCAUAUUUCUUACCAUGCCUCAUCAUAUCACUCUUUGCCUUGGCGGUAACCAUCGCUACUUUCUGGCUUCCGGAAACGCUUCACAGACAUGAGGAGAAGGAUAGAUCAUCGGAUGACUCAUAUGAUGCUUUGGAAGCUGCAACUCAUGAUUUCAACACAAAAGAAAUAACAGAGAAGGAAGAGGGAAAAGAAUCCACUAGCCUCUUACGGAAUUGGCCUCUAAUGUCAUCUAUCAUUGUUUACUGUGUUUUCUCCCUUCAUGAUAUGGCCUACUCAGAGAUAUUUUCGUUAUGGGCUGUUAGUCCUAGAAGGUUGGGAGGCUUGAGUUAUUCAACCCAGGAUGUCGGACAAGUUCUUGCAAUCACUGGUUUCAGCCUUCUGGUCUUUCAAUUUUCGACAUAUCCAUUCGUGGAGAGGAUGCUAGGACCUGUAUUAGUGGCUCGUAUCGCGAGUCUCUUAAGCAUACCUCUGUUGCAGAGCUAUUCUUGCAUGGUCUUGUUGUCCGGGUUCGCUCUUGGCUUGGCAAUAAACUGUGCAUCCAUCUUGAAGAGCCUUUUUUCAGUAUCGAUCAUAACCGGAUUAUUCAUUCUGCAAAAUAAUGCCGUGGAACAACACCAAAGAGGAGCUGCCAAUGGCAUAGCCAUGACUGCAAUGUCUCUUUUCAAAGCAAUCGGUCCUGCAGGUGGUGGCGCAUUGUUUUCUUGGGCAGAAAAACGCCAGGAUGUUUCGUUUCUUCCAGGUAUUCAGAUGGUAUUUUUCAUGUUGAAUGUGGUUCAAGCAACCGGAAUGUUGAUGACAUUCGAACCAUUCCUGGCUCAACCUCGGCGGUAAAAAGAAAAGUGAUCUCUAACGUCGGGAUAAUGAUGUUCUAUCAAAAAGAAAAUGCUU